AUGGACCUGCAUCUCGCGGCGUCGUACCCGAGUGCCUUGUCCAAGACGGAGCGCCGCGCGGUCCUCAGCAAGGCGCACCUUGUGCCGUUCAAGACCCACUUCCGUCUUACGAACGACACGUCCGUUGCGUCACUGCUACCGUAUUUUUGCUGCCAUUUCUUGACGGCGCACUGCGAGGACGUUGAUGUCUCGUGCCCGAUAUCGGACGUCCGCGUCGAAACAAGAGUCAUUAUGGUCCAUAUCGAGGUGCUGACGCGCCGUGCGUCGAGGGUGCAAUUCGGGAGCACCGAGCCCCUCGACAUUUCAAUUUCCGAGAGCCUCCAAUUUGCCAAAACGAAGUUGCGAACGCGGAGUGAGGGCUACAACGUCCGGGACGAGAUGUGGGAAGCUAUGAUAAAGCUCAGCGGCAUUCGCAACCAACACAAUGAGCGCAACGACGUAAUAAAGAUUACGGCGGAUUCCAGUAGGAAAUGA